UCUCUCUCAAAAUUCACAUAGGUAAUGACUAUGUCGUUUAUUUGUCUCUACUUGUCUCACCUAAGCAUCCUUCUCAUCUCUUUCUCAUCGCUAUAACAUCCUCUCUCUCUUUCAAUUCCUUCCUCCAGAAGAAACGUACGUUUUGAGUGAAAUUUAUAAUUUAAGUCUUGUGUCAUGGAAUCCAACCCUCAAGAAGAUUCAAAAAGCUCAAGCGAAGAAACUGAUCGACCAGAGCAAGCAAACGAUGAUAUGGGCACUGGCCGAUCCUACGAGUGUGUCUUUUGCAAGAGAGGUUUCACUACGGCUCAGGCCUUGGGUGGGCACAUGAAUAUUCAUAGAAAAGAUAGAGCAAAGAACAGGCCUACGUCACUUCCUUCUUCAAUUUCGGGUAAAGCGGAUCAUGAGAGUUAUGCAAAUUCUAUAUCCUAUGCGACUGUCCAAAGCUACCCACCUCAUUAUGCUAUGGCUCCUGAGGUACACUAUCAAACAUUUUUUCCGGCAUCAUCGUGGGCUGAGAGACCGCUCCCUACGCAUCAUAGCAAUGACUACUCUUAUGGAAGAAAUCCACAACAUAUGAAUCCAUUUGGAGAUGAUAUUUCGCGAGGAAAUCUCGGCUUGAGAGUCGGCCCUUCCCAUGUAGCUGAUGAGAAAGAUAAGAGAGUAGGCACAAGUGAAGAAGAUGAACUAGAUUUGGAGCUUCGACUUGGUCAUGAUCCGUAGUAUUUUAUUACAUAUAUAUAAUAUCUAUGAGUUAUAUAUAUGUAGUGGUAUUUGUCAUCUUGUACAGAUGUGAAUUGCUUAAGAAAUUCGAUGUUUCUUAUGUGGGAAAGAUUCAAGAUUGUGAAUAAGUUCGUAUAUUUUUCGCCUCAAUAAGUAUGUUUAAGCAAAUCUUUAUGCAAUUUCAGUUGGUUGAGGACAUGGAAGGAGAAGUGAUAAGAUGAAUGCUUUCACAGAUGCGAUUUCCCGGAAGGAAGACAUGGGAACUGAUUCUAUAUCAACUACCAGCUACAGAUUUUGAAGGUAGCUUUUGUUUCCUCCGUCUAUUGUACGCAUUAAAGCCUUAUUUCAUUAGGGUUUUGUUUGAUGUUCUUCUUUUGUUAUGCACUCGCUAGUAUCUUUUUUCCCCUACUUUGAUCUGGUUCAUACUAGACUAAGAAGAAUUUUGUAUAAUUUCAAGUUUGAUGAAGUUCGAUUCUCUUAUGAUCGAUAUGAUAGCAAUACCGAUAAUCAGAAUUUUCUCUUUCA